CAGCCGGAAGAGGGCGGCUCGCGACGCACUGUUCGCUGUACUCUCACUUUGCUGCUAGCUGCUGCAACUGGCUCGGCCUUCUUAGGGGAUAAUGGUGCAGUUACAGUUUACUAAAGACACCCUGCCCGAUUCCAUGAGCUCCGACUUUCAGAAUUUGAACAAAUUCAGCGAGCAGCAGUUUGUAGGCCUGACUGACAUUCUGUUCCGCUUUCUUAUGGAGCCCAAAGAGACGGAAAGGUUUUUACUUCAGUUGACGGAGUUUGCUGGCGAGAACGGGAUGAGUGCAGGCCCAUUGCGUAACCUGGUGAAGAGUGUACUACUUGUCCCUCAUGGUGCUUUAAAGAACAAUUUAAAUGCUGACCAAGUGAAACAGGAUCUUUUAACUUUAGGGCUGAAUGAAGAUAAAGCUUCCUAUUUCUCUAAGCAGUGGAAGGUUCAUUAUCCUAUGCUCGCUAGGCUUGCUGUGGGGCAGACUUUAAUGGUAAAUCAGCUGGUGGACAUGGAGUGGAAAUUUGGGGUUACUGUUGGUACAAGUGAGCUCCAGAAAGUGGGAAACAUCUUCUUACAGUUGAAGUUGGUUAUUAGGAAGGGGAAUUCAACUGAGAAUGUCUAUAUGGAGCUGACCCUUCCACAGUUCUACAACUUCCUGCAUGAGAUGGAGCGUGCCAAAGCUAGCAUAGACUGCUUCAGCUGAGUGCCCAGUGCAUAGGAGAGGGUAGGGGAGACAGCAGGGGACAGCACAAGGAAAUAGCCUUACUGCAAAAUGAAUUUUUGACAUCACCAGCCUGAGCGAUUGUGAGGACGGGAAUGUGUGGACUUCUGGGACAUGUGCGACGCCUAAAUCAUUUACACCUGUUUCGCAAUUUUUUUUACCCCCAAAAUCACAAGCAUUCUCUGCAAUGGAAAGUUUUUGGGAGUUGUGUGUGUGUGGUUCAUCCUG